ACAGUCUGUUCCGACGCGAGUAACCGUUCGCAUCAUUUUACAUCUACGCGCGUUCGUGCCACGCGCACACAAGUUACUUGAUAUGAUAUUUCUCUGAUGGUUACUAUAUCAUGAAUUCAUGAUAUUAAAAUGUCAUCAUAUUGCCGUAUUACUGGAAAGAGCCGUGGUUUGCCAAAACCGAAUUAUUUCYCAUUGCUACCACCUAUAUCGCCGGCAGAUGCAAAACGUUUCUGUCGCAUAACUGGAAAGUCAUAUGGGCUGCCUGCACAUCAUUAUAUACCAGUGUUAGUUGGACGAAAAAAAACAAAAUCUGAUCCUAAACAUGUAYUGAUAAAUGGAUAUCGGUAUGUAUUUCCAAUAAUAGAUGGAUGUUUAGAGUUAUCAGAUGUAUUAAAAACGAAGAGCACGGAUGAUCGUAGGUAUGUGUACGCGGUGGAUAAGCGUAGAUGUAGUCUCGUAUUUCCAACCAGCUUAGAAAAUGCGGUUAGAGAUGGAGAUGUCAAAGAUGUCAUGAUGUCAGAAACCAAAGACACCGUUCUUCUAAAGCUGCGUAAAGGUAAAACCGUAGAGUUAGAAAUCAAAGACAUGGAAGUAGCUGGAGUGAUGUUGAUGGAAGGCGAAGGGUUUCGGAACAGACCCAAACAGAAAAAGCCUAUCAAAGAAGAUUGGAGAAGGAAAAUAUUUGAAGACAAAGAAAAAGAAAGUGACGCUGAACUAGAACAGGAAGAAUUUAAAUCAAAACGGAUAACAUUUUUAGCAGGUCAGGGAAAACAAAUAGAACCUAUUGAAUCUACACCAAAAAUUAUGAAUACAAAAUCUUUAAAUGUUUCAAAAGUAAAAAAUAUUGUCAAACCAAUAACAAAAAAUAUAAUACUCGGGCAAAACAAAAAUAAUUUAAAACUUCAAACCCACAUAUUACCCACUCCAAUAUCAAUUGAACCAAAUGUCAUAAAUCUCGGUUCUGCAUUUCCUGGUGUUAUACAUCAGACUUUUCUUAAUGAAACUACUCUUACUAAUUUACCAAUCGUUCCGGUAAUAUCRCCAAUAAAACCUUUGAUAAAUAAUUUUAAUAAACUCCCAAUGAUUUUGCCUGAUAUAGAAUCAUGUGCAAUUGAAGACAUAUUAAUUGAAGAUAAUAUAAAGAAAUUAUUAACUAUUAAAGAAAUUAAUUUAUUCAUUGAAAAUAUUCAAAUGGGUUCUCAAAAAAAUAUUUYUACAAGUCAAGGAACAACUAAAAUAUUUAAAUUAGAUAUUAACAAUGCUGAAAGAUAUGUACCAGGACAAUAUGUAAAAACUGAAGACGGUGAAAAAUUUGUACCUGGCAAAAUUAUUGACACAGCUAAUGGAAAACGAUUUGUGCAUGGUGUUAUUGUCCAAACAUCAGACGGACCAAAAUUUCUUCCUGGACAAAUUAUUGAAAAUUCUGGAAAAUCUAUAUUCGUUGUUGGUCAAAAUAUUGUAACACGAGAAGGAGAAUCAUUUGUUCCAGGACAAACGAUUAAAAUAGAUGGUGAGACUAGAUUUGUGCCYGGACAAACAGUCAUUACUCCUGAAGGUAUGGGUUUUGUGGCUGGACAAGUAGUCAACAAUGGURACGAAUCACAUUUUAUCCCUGGACAGACCAUAAUYACUAUUCAUGGGCCACAAUUUCUACCAGGGCAGUUUUGGAAUGACGAAAACGUUGAWUUCAUACCUGGACAAAGUGUUUUAAAAAAUAAUGGUGAUUGGGAAUUUGUUCCCGGUGUUUGUGUUGGAUCUUCUUUCAUACCCGGAUUAACAGUUGUUGAAGAAGAUAAAAAAGAAUUCAUUCCAGGAAGAAUUGUAGAAACUAAUAAUGAUACUGCUUUCAUACCAGGUAUAACAACUUUAGAUAACAAUGGAAAUACAAAAUUUGUUCCUGGAAUAAGUAUUGAAACAGAAAAUGGAAUAAAAUUUGUAUCUGGAAAUAUUUUAUCAGAUAAUAAUGGAAAUAAACAGUUUAUUUUAGGACACGUGACAAAUUCAGAAAAUGGUGAAAUAAACUUUACAGAAGCCAAGUCAUUACAGGAAGUUGUUUGUUCUGAUGAAGUACAAUCAGGAAUUUUAACAAACGAUUCAUUUUAUCCAAAAGGUGAGAAAUCUGAUGAAGUUUUUGGACAGAUGGUACAAACCGCUUACGGAGUAGAAUUUUAUCCUGGCGAUCAUGUGGGUUUACCAGCUGGAAAMAUWGUUCCAGGAAAAUUAAUACGAAACAAUGGUAUUAGAUUUGUUCCGGGUGUUGUAGUCGAUGACAAAUUUAUACCAGGACAAAAAGUGGUAACAGAUAGAGGAGAGCAGUUUGUACCCGGACAAGUGAUUGAAACUCAAACGGGUCCCAAAUUUGUGCCUGGGCAAGUUGUAGAAACAGAAACUGGUACAAAAUUUGUUCCUGGGCAGACUAUUGAAACCAAAGAUGGAAUAAAAUUUGUACCUGGUCAGAUAGUWGAAACAAAAGCAGGUCCAACGUUUAUACCAGGUCAAAUAAUAUUUACAGAAGAAGAAGGAUCUAGAUUUGUACCAGGUCAAGUUGUUGAUACAAUAGAGGGGCCGCGAUUUGUACCAGGAAGAGUUAUAGAAACUGGAGAUCGUGUAACUUUUGUACCGGGCCAAAUAGUGGAAACCACAGAAGGUUUGAAGUUUAUUGCACCGGAUCUUCAAGAUGCAGAUGAUGGUGGCUGUGAGUUUAGUGUCCAAGGAUUUGAAGUGUCACCAGAAGAACUACAAGUUAUUCAACCCAGUUUUCCUCAAACUUCGUAUUAUACACAAAAUGGUAAAAUGGCUCUAGAUUCAAAAAUGUUGGAACAAUUAUCAUUUGCAGGAAUGAGUAUAGGAAGACAAGUUCCUGCAGAACUUCCAGCAGUUGAUGUAAGCACACUUCCUUCAAUGGAAGUGGCAUAUGACGUUGCAGAGAAAUUGGAACUUAAUAAUGAUAAUACAAUAAAAUUGGCACAUAUAAUUAAUCGAUUAUGUAAGCUAGAUUUAAAAAAUACRUAUUAUGGAUCACCGUUAGUACAAAACUUAAUAAACAAACUGCCUCAAAUYAAAUCGAACGAGAAUGUAGCUGAAGUUAUUGAAAAUAUACUCAAAACUAAUAAAUCGAGUCCUAUAACAGCUUUAAAUGAAAUCUACGUAGUUAUAUUUGAUGAUGGUUUUGUAAUGGAUUUAAAAAAUCCAAAUAAAGUCAAUAUUUUAAAGGAAAUAAUGAAUAAUUCUGAACUUGAAUCUAAUUAUAUUUCUGAAGCAUUUAGUGAAAUUUUGAAUGAUUCGGAAGACUCUAAACUACGCUUAGCAUUUGAACACAUAGCAGAAAAUAAUAUAGAUUUAUUAAAAGAAGUAAAGUUAAAAAUUGAUAUGAAAAAAAUUAACAGUGAAAAAGAAGCAACUGAAGCAUUACAGCGGGCAAUCAUUAGUGUCAUUAAUAAAACCAGUGAAAUAACUGUUAAUCAAAUGUUAAAAGACAAUAAAAGUGAACAAUUCAAUCGAUUGUUAUCUGAUGCCGUCGGUCUUGCUAAAGCAUUAGGUCUGAAAGAAGUAGUUUCAGUACUUAUGGAUGUUCUAGAUGAUCGAAGAUCAGCUGAUAUAUUAGCAUCAGAUAAAAUAACAAUAGAGAUACUAAGAAGAUUAACCGUAAUGAGGAAACUUGCUGAAAGACGGCCAGAGUUCAGUGAAACCUUAAGCGGGAUGUCGGCUGAYCCAAUUGAAGCUAGAUUGGAUCCCAAAUUACGUGAACUGGUUAGAGAAAGCGGAGUUUUAUUACUUCCUCCAGAAACAAACGUUGAAACAUCUUUUGAUGUCCCAGCUGAAUUAUUUAGUCCAGGGAAUAGCUUAGCAAUGGAAGAUUUUAUGGUGAAAUCAAGGAAAAUGGGAAUUUUACUAAUAAUUAAAAAUGGUCUUCAAGCUGUAGUACCACGAGAAGCAGCCAGAUCAGUUUUAACAGGACAGGUUCCAUACACAGUUUUAGAUGAAAAAGGCAUUCACAGAUUUGAACCAAUGAAUGUACUAGAUGCUUUAAACAUUCGUGUAUUUACUUCAGGAAGAUAUUCAAUGUAUAAUUGUGCUAUACAAAAAACGCUAACGGAAGAUGAGGGAACCAUUACUCGUGGUAGUUCAAUUAGUUUGGAUGAUAAACAAUUAAMAAUUGCAGAGGGUGGUGGAGACGAAUAUGAAGUUCUUCAAGAUUAUGAAACAGAACCAGUUGAUGGUGCUGACGAGGAAGAUGAUUUGAUUUUGGAACCUGGUGACAGAGUUGUUGUAUUAAAACAGUCCAAAGAUGACCCGUCGAUGGGCGCCGAGGUUAAACGAAAUUUACUGUUGGACAAUGCAGCGGCCAAACAUAAAAUGUCAGUACGACCAAAUAAAGUACAUCCAACCAAACACAAACCUUUGGAUACAGAUGGGUCAUUGGUUCAAAGUCUUGAAGAACCAACUAAAAUGGGAUAUGUACCUAAUAGCAUACUUAAAAAAAUACCGACUCCUGUUAGAGCGACUGCUGUGGUUCCAGCAGACGGACAAACAUUAUCAAAAAAAGAUGCAAAAUUUAAUAGAGACGUGGUACUCGCAGAAUUAGUAGAAACUGAAGAAGAAUUUGGUCAAGAUAUUCAAGAAGUGGUAGAAAGAUAUUUAAAUCCUCUAGAAUUAAAUGACGCACCAAGAAUAGUGAGGGAUAAUAAAGAUCUUAUAUUCAACAAUUUAAAACAAAUAUCACAGUUCCAUAAUACAGUUCUCAUUGCUGGAUUAAAAUAUGCAGCUAGCGAACCAAAAACUAUGGGCAGAACAUUUCUUCGUUUAGAAAGAGAUUUUGACAAGCAUGUCAAUUAUUGUCAGACAGAACCAGACGCACAGGAUUUUUUGGAACGCAAUUAUGAAGUAAACGAGUAUUUUGAGGAUGAGAGAUUGAAAUUUGGUGACGAUAAAACUCUUUCAGAACACUUGAAAUUACCAAUACAACGAAUUAAUGAUUAUCAAUUACUACUCAAGGAAUUAGUGAAAUACUCAUUACUCAUAGGAGAAGAUACUACUGAUUUAGAAAGAGCUCUGGAAUUGAUGCUAUCAAUUCCACACCGAUUUACCGACACGAAAUUUUUAACUAAUAUAGAAGGAUUUCAUGGCACUAUACAUAAACUGGGCCGAUUGUUAAAACACGGAUGGUACUACGUACAAGACGCCGAAGAUCCUAAAGGGCAUCAGCGCUAUUGCUUUUUAUUUAAAUCUAGAAUCCUUGUCUGUAAAGUUCGUCGUAUAUCUGAAGAUAAAUCUGUCUUCGUACUGAAAGAUAUAAUUAGAUUACCCGAAGUUACUGUAAAAGCAGCUCCAGACAAUAAGCGUGUAUGGAUACUUCAUCAUAGACUAGGAGAAGUUGGAAAUUAUCCUUUCACCUUCAGGGCCAAUGAAGAUUUGAUUCGGGAUCAAUGGAUUACAGAAAUUGAAGAACAUAGAAACGAUUUACGUGAAAAAGAAGAUUUACAAGACCAAUUUUGGGAGCGAGAAUACGUUUCUAUAACAGAAUCUUCUAAAUCUUCUAUUACAGUGACAAAUGUUGAACAUAACAGUGACGAUAUCAAAGUACAAAAACAAAAGGAUGAAGAUCUAUUUGAACCACUUAAAGGUAUUGAAUUAGAUAUUUCUUCAGAAAUUGAAGAAGGUUUAGAUCCUAUUGAAAGGCGAUUAGCACCUAAACCGUUGAAACACGUUGAAGAGCCAAAACGUCCACCACUUACACUUCCACCUAAAGAACCAAUAUUUGAAUGCACAUCACCACCUGAACCUCAAAAACGGCCAGAACCUGAGAAAGUUGAAGAACCUCMUGUGAUUGAAAUGCCUGUUCCACAUCAAGAGGUUAUUGCUGAAAAAGAAAUAAAAGAGGAAGUGCCUAUUCCACCAGUAGAACCAGUUCCAACGGAACCACCUCCACCAGAAAGAUCUCCUUCACCAGCUGAAGAAGAAAUUGAAUCUGAACCAUUAAAAUAUAUAGAAGGUGUUUCAAAACCAUACUUUCAUGUCAAUAUUAAAGGAACUAAUCGUGGAGGUAUUAUUGAAGAGUGUAAUGAAUGGUGGGACACUAAGGGUGAAUUUAAAUCAGGAAGAUCAAUGAAUAACGAAUCUUCUCUCGCAGUUGGAGAAAAUGCAAUAUUUGAAUGUGAAAUUGAGGGUGCUACAAAUGUCACAUGGUUGAAAAAUAACAUGCCAUUACCAAAUACUAUUGCUAAUCGAACUACCAUAACAGAAGAUAAAGAAAAAAAUUUGUAUAAAUUACAAUUAAAUAAAGUAAUAAUGUCAGAUUCAGGAACUUACACCGUUAAAGCUGAAAAUGAUUUAGGAGAGUCUACAAGUACAGCACUCCUAUUUGUUGAAAAUCUUUCUGCAGAUGAAAAGAAAGCAAGAGCUAAAGCGAACGCCCCAAUUUUUGCUGUCAAACUUGCUGAUACUCAGCUUUUAGAGAACACCCAUGCUAGAUUUAUGAUUGAGAUAAAAGGAAAUCCACUGCCUAAAUUGAGAUUUUUCAAAGGAGAUAAAGAAAUAUCUGAAGAAGAUACAAGAAUACAAAUAUUAGAAGUGAAUAAAGAAAAAGGUCUCUAUGAAAUAAUUCUACCUAACGUAAAACCUGAAGAUGCAGGAGAAUAUAGAGUGAUUGCUAGUAAUAAAUACUCCGAAGAAUCAUGUUCUUGUCAUGUUUCAGUUACAAAUGAAAAAGACUUAUGGGCUGGAAUGCAAACAAUAGUACCAGAUGGUACUCCACAUUUUACCUGGUUGAAAAAUGGAAAGCCAUUCAACCCAGAAGAACGGUUUAAAGUAUUAUUCAAGGACGAUGAGGAUUCAUUAGCUUUAGUGUUCCAAAACGUAAAACCGGAAGAUGCUGGUUUAUAUACUUGUAUUGCCUCUACUUGUCAUGGAAAAAUAUCAUGUAGCGCUGAGCUUAGUGUCCAAGGUGUUGUGAAAGAACUAGAUUUGCCUUAUGCUCCGAAAAUAACCACUGAUGUGAAAGAAUUUGAAACGAAAAUCCAAAGCACAGCCAUCUUAGAGGCUAAAGUAAUCGGUGAUCCAUUGCCAGAUAUMAUUUGGUUUAAAAAUAAUGAAGAAAUUAAUGAAAAUGAACGAAUAAAAGUCAUGUUUGAAGAUGAGAUUGCUGCUAUCGUGAUAAAAAAUGUUGAGGUUGAAGAUGAAGGAGAAUAUAAAGUACUUGCCAAAAAUGAUUUAGGAUCUGACACAGAAACAAUCAAUUUAUCGAUCAAAGCCGCUCCAAAGUUCAGAAAAAAUUUAAUUGACUAUGAAGGUGUUACUGGAAAAGAUAUAACAUUAACAGUUGAGAUUGAAGCAUCUCCAAAACCAAUAGUACAAUGGUAUAAAGAUAGUAAAGUUAUAAAAAAAUCGAAUAGAAUAAAAUAUGUUACCGAUGAAGUAUCUGGAGUCUAUACUUUAAUUAUUCAAGAUUGUAAAAUGGAAGAUAUUGGUUUAUAUUCAGUAGUUGCUUCUAACCAAUAUAGUCAAAUAUCUGAUGCUUGUAGAAUUAAUCUUCAAAUGCCUCCCCAAUUUAUCGGUGUUUUAGCAAAAGAGGUUGAAACUUUGGAAGGUGAUUAUGUAUCAUUGAGCGUUAGAGUAGAGGGAGACCCACCACCUCAAGUAAAAUGGUACUUUGAAGAUAAAUUGUUAAUUGCUGAUAAAACACACAUCAAAAUUAACGCUGUAGAAGACGUYCAUACUCUUUUAAUUAGUAAUCUUACUAGGGAAGAUUCAGGCAAAUAUACGUGUGAGAUAAGUAACGAGUUUGGGAAAAAUACAAGCGAAGGAAAAUUGUUAGUCAAAUGUCCACCAAUUUUUGAAACACCUUUAACUGAUACAAAAGCAAUUGAAGGGGAUACAAACGUAGAGUUUACUGUAAAAUUGAAUUCUUAUCCAAAAUCGUCAAUUCAAUGGUUCCGAGAGGAAGAAGAAAUAACAGAAACAACUACAGAAUUCGCUUUUUCCGAAGAUGGAGAUAAUUUCAAGCUAAUUAUAAAAGAAGCAAAGACUAAAUUAGCUGGCACAUAUAAAUGUAGAGCAACAAACGAAAUUGGAACCUAUGAUUCGGAAGCCACUCUUACAGUUAUGUCACAACCUACAUUUAAGAAAGGAUUAAGUGACAUGGAGGUAACGGAAGGAGGAAUGCUAAAGCUGCAAGUGACUUGUCAYGGAAGCCCUAUUCCAGAAAUUAAAUGGUUCAAAGAUGGCAAAGAAGUACGUAGUGAUGCCCACAUCAAAAUAUCAAAAGACAAAAAAAGAGUGGAGAAUUUUAGUCUCACUGUCAAUCUUAUAAAAGUAGAAGAUGGUGGAGAAUAUGAAGUUAGAGCAACUAACGAAAUGGGGACAGCUAUUACUAAGAGUAUAGUAAAUAUCCUAGCGAAACAUUCAACUGAUUUCAAUGACGAUGAUAGUGAAUCAGCUAAAAAUAAAAAUGAGGAUAUGGAAGAAAAAGUAGAUAAAAAAGAAAAAGUGACAUUGCCAAUCAAAAUCGACAAAAUGGAAAGCACCAAGGAGAAAUUAGUGGAAAUAAAUGUGGAAGAAGAUAGAAAAAUUGGUAUUUCAUCUAAAACUAAUAUAGAUGGUGAUAAAUCUAUCAAAACCGAGGAAAGCUUAGUUAUAAUGAGCAGCCAGUCAGGAGAAUUUAGUUGCGUGGAAAUGAGUUGGGAAGAAUCUUCUAUUAAAUGUAAAAAUUACUAUGGAAUUGUAGAGGAACCUAGGGAUGAACGAAUUAUACCAAUUAAAAUAGAUAGAAGUAUAUCAAUUCACACAGCUUCUGACGAAGAAGAAGAACCAUUUUGGGUAAUUGAAAGUGUAAAAAAACACGAAGAAGUAAGAAAUGAGAUUAAAAAAAUGAAAGAUAAUAAAAGCUUUCAAGCGUCAUUAGGAGAUAAUUAUGAUGAAGACGACGAUAAUUCUUUAAUAGAACUACUAAAACGAGUACAAAAACAGCGAAAUGAUUUAGAAGAUAUAUUGGAAAAGGAAAACUAUACUAUGAAUAAAUUUGAGGUAAAUCAUACAGACAAUAUAUUAUCACGGAGUAAUAGCAUGUUAAGUGAAUCUUCUACACUAAAAGCAAGAUCAGUUUCAAGGUUAUCAUCUUUAGAAGAGAAUAUAAACAAUCCAUAUUUAGCUCAUCCAGAGCUAUCGGAAAAUUUAAUAAAUGAAUUAAUUCCAAAUAAUUCUAAUACUUGUACAAAAAUUAAAAAAGAAACCUCAUUAAUUUCAGAUAAUUUUUCAAAACAACUUAUUAGUAACAAAAUCUAURAUUCAGAUGAACGAAAAAAAGGUAUUUUGUCUACUGAUACAUUAGGGAAUAGCUGCGAACAUUCGGAUGAAAAAUAUUCAAAACACGGAGAAAAAGUUUUGAAUAGGGCUGAUAGAAAUUCAAUAUCAAGACUGUCUUCUAUAGAAGAAUGUGAUAAUUCUUUAUUGUCUGAGAAAAAUAUUAAAGCGUUUUCUGAAACACCAAAAAGAUUAUCGUUGUCUAGAUUGCCUUCUACUGAGUAUAAAAAACAGGAUUUCACUCUGGAAAAWUCUAUUUCACCUAUUAUUAAACAAGAUGAAUCAAAUAAAGAAUCAAUUUCCAAAUUAUCCCCUCGAUAUACAACAGAAGAAUAUGAAAAUAAAUUAACUAUAAUGAAUAAUACAAUUGAUGAUAAAGUCAAACCAAUAAUAGAGCAAAAUUUAAAUGAGUCAAUUCAUUUUUCUGGCAAGCAUGAUUACUUAAAUAAUUUAAAUGAUAAACUAAAAAGUAAUUAUAAAACAGCUUUAGACAAUGAUAAAUCAAAUGAAUCUACUCCCUUACACAUGUCUAAUAUCGAUGAAGCUGACUUUCGUAGAAAAUCAUUAAUAAGACAGUCUAGUAUGAUAAGUGAUGCUCUAAGUGCGAUGUGUACUGAAAUUUCCGAGGAUAAUAAAUAUAAUGAACAAAAAAAACACUCUAUUAAAGAAAAUAAUACUUAUUUUAAAUCCACUUUAAAAGAAAAAACUGAUAACAAUUUAUUGACACCUUUAAUUAAACCUGAAAGUACUAAAAAAUGUUCAACAUUUGACGAAGGUGAUAUAACAGAUUCUUUAGUUGGAAAUUCUAGCAUUUCAAAAAUCGCGUGUGAUGAAAGCAUUGAAAAUAGUUCAACAACUAAAUUAAAUUCUGCCGAUACAUCUGAAAUUAAUGAUAAGUCAUAUGACUCGUUACCAUCAAAAGAAUAUUCUAAAAUAUCAAAUACUGAACCAUUARGGAAAUUCUUAAGCUCCGAGUUAAAUCAAAAUAUAUUAACUGAUUUAAUUACGAAAAAAUCAGAAUCCGAUCUUCAAAAUGGAACUUUAUACAAUAACUCUCAAACUUCAAAUGAAUUCGUUCCUAAUUUGUCAAAUAUUGAAAAUGAAAGUUCUUUGUUAGAUAAGGAAAAUAAUUUAAAUAAUGAGCAGCACUCAACAUUUGAAUCUUUGUCAAAAGAUAAGAAUCUGGAUAUAAUUUUACCUAAGAAAGCUAUUCCAUCAAGUGAUAUUGAAAAUUCUAUAAACAAUUUGCAACCUAAAGAUUUAACAAAUGUCCCAUUGUUAYACCAAAAAGAAAGAGGAAAUAACACCAAUAACUUACAAAUUCCGAUUAAAGAAAAUUCUAUCGAUAAAGAAGACGAUAUGGUUGAACAACCUAUUCCAAGUUUAUCAGAUAAAGUAAAUGUUAAGUUACCACUAAGAACGCAGCGAAAAGAAGUUAUUGAAUGUAGUACAUCUAAUAGCAGUACGAACAUAUUACAUGAUGAUUCUCUUUCAUUAAAUUAUUUUGAUAAUUCUAAAAAUAUAGUGGAAGAUUUAAAUCCUGAUAAUUCAAUUCGUCUCUCAUUAUCAAAAGAUAUAAUAGAUUCCAACAUUUUGAAUAAACAUUUAGUUACUAAAGAAAACGAUUUAAAUAACACUAAAAUUGCAAAUAUCAAAGCAAAAGUAGAUAAAAUAGUUGACGAGGAUUCUCURAAUGAUACGAAUAAAGAAACUGAAAAUAUAUCAACAUUUAAAACUUUUAAUGCACUAAAAGAAGAAAACUAUGAUACGGCAAGAAGUGRAGGGAAACAAAUAGGAGUGCCUCCGAAGAUUAUAUCUGGUAUGGAUGAUGAUGAAACUUAUGAAUCACUUACAAAAGUAUUUAAUGUCAAAGCUCGUGGUGUUCCUAAACCAAAAGUUCAAUGGUUCAAAGACGGCAAUGAAUUAUCAAAYACUAGAAAUAUCAAAAUUAAUGAUUCCGAUGAAGACGAAUCAUUUAAAUUAACUAUUCAAGAUUUAAGAGUGGCUGAUUCUGGUUCAUAUUGCUGUAAACUAACUAAUGAAGUAGGAGAAGAUAUGAAAUCAGCAAAACUUAACGUACAAGAUGUAGAACUGCUCCGUGGGCCCAAAAUAAGAAAACCACUAACUGAUUUAGAAGUUAAAAAAGGUCAAAAAGUUGAAUGGUCAAUAACGCUCAUAGCUGAUCCCAUUCCAGACGUUGAAUGGACUUGUGAUGGCAAUAAUGUCAAUGCUGAUUUUAGUAUUGAUUCAUCUGAAAUAGCUAAUGGCCUUAAGGAAUGUACUUUUACAAUGAUAAUUCCAACUUCUGAACUUAGUGAUACCGGUGUUUACCGAGUAAAAGCAACUAAUAAGUUUGAUUCAGCUGAAUGUAGCGCUCGUCUAGAUAUUGUAAUGAAACCUGAAAUAGAAGGAUUCCAUGACAUCACUGUAAUACCGUCCAUGGAAGCGGUAUUUGAAGCAAUUAUUCAUGCAGUACCUAAGCCUAAAAUUGUGUGGACUAUUAAUGGAAAAGAUUUAUCAGAACGAGAAUUUGUAAAACUCACAAGUGAAGAAUUAGAUAAAGAUAUAACAAAGUUCAAAAUAGUUAUUGGAGAUGUUAAUCCAGAAGAGGAAGGUGAAUAUGUAGUUAAAGCUUGGAAUAAAGUGGGCGAAACUACUGCCAUAGCUAACCUUAAACUUCAUACUGAGAGACCUUCAUUUGUUAAAUUGAUGGAAGAUUUAACGAUACAAGAAUAUGAAGAAGUUCAGCUAUCUGUACGAGUUAAUGGGAUUCCAAAACCUAAAAUCACUUGGUUUAAAAAUGGGGAAGUCGUAAUACCUGACUUAAGAAUCAGUAUACAUACAAAUGAAGAAGGCCAAAUUAAAAGUACUCUUACCAUAGACCAUUUCAGCAGUUUAGAUAUUGCAAACUUCUCAGUUAAAGCUGUAAAUAUGAUUGGUGAAGCUGAAACAUCAUCAAAUUUAACUAUGGCAGAAAUAAUGCCCUCUUUUGUAAAACCUUUUGAACGGAUAACAGAAGGUGUUGAAGGAUCACCAAUUGAAAUUCAAACACAACUUAUUGGAAGCCCUCGUCCUCAUGUUGCAUGGUAUAAAGAUGGGGAAGAGCUUAAAAAUAUGGAAGGAAAUAAUAAGGAUGAUGAACCACAACAUAUUUCCCUAGAAGCAAAUCCAAACGGCAUUAUUUCGAUGAAAAUUGAUAAAGUUGAACAAGCAGAUUGUGGUGCAUAUAAAAUAAUAGCGACUAAUAAUUUUGGUACAAGUGCUACUAAUACUGCAUUGGUAGUUAAUGAAUUACCCAAAAAGCCAGUUAUAAUUAAACACCCAAAUCAAGUAGACGUCAGUGAGGGUGAAAUUUUAAAAAUAGAAGCUCAAUACGUAGCCUAUCCAGAUGCUAUUGUAAAAUGGUAUAAAGAUGGACAUGUAUUACAUCCUUGUCCUCAAAUUGAUUUUGUGAUGGGUCCCAACGGCAAUAUUGCUCUAGUAAUUGAAAAAGCAACACUUGGAGACGCUGGUGACUAUGAAAUUGCUGUAUCAAAUGAACUGGGUAAAGCAUCUGGUCAAAUUCAAGUUAAAGUAAGACCAGCAGCUACAGUACCAGCUUUUAUCACGCCUUUAAGAGAUUCUAAAGUUGUAGAAGGAUUUCCAGCGAAAUUACCCUUUAGGAUAUCUGGUUUUCCACUACCAGAAAUGGCAUGGACAAUCAAUGACAAGCCAUUAAUAGUGGAUGGAGAAAAGAUCAAAAUAGCACAUGAACCUGAUGGUCUUCAUUAUUUAUUGAUUGAAAAAGCUGGUCCAGAACACGCAGGCAAACUUGCAAUAAUUGCUUCAAAUGAUAAUGGAAAUUCUGUAUCAGAGGCUAAACUUUCGGUAACUUCAAAAAUAAACACUGAUUCGUUAGAAUCUAAACCAGAGUUUCUUCAUGGACUUAAAGAUACCACAGUAGAAGAAAGCAAUGCAUUAACGUUAUUAGCUCCAUUCCUUGGUAACCCUAUACCAGACGUUAAGUGGGAAAAAGACGGAAAAGUAUUACAGCCAUGCAAUAAAGUUCAUUUUACCUGUGAUGGUUAUAAAGUUGGACUUGAAGUACUUGAUACCAACACAGGAGAUGCUGGACAGUAUACUUGCACUUUAACAAAUAAUCUAGGAUCUACCAAAUCUGACUGUCAAGUCGGCAUUCGUAAACUUUAUCAAGCUCCUGUUUUCACGCAACGUUUUUCACAUAAUCAACAAUUGCUUUCAAGAGACGCUAAAUUCCAUGCUCGAGUCACUGGAGUUCCAUCUCCAAAUAUUAUAUGGCAUAAAAAUGGUCAUCAACUUACGAAUGGAGAUAAAUACAAAUUAAAACGUGAUGGGGAAGUAUGUAGCCUUACUAUAAAGGAUGUAAAUAGUGAUGACKCGGGAYUGUACAGCUGUAUUGCAACCAACAGAGAUGGAACAGCUACAUGCGAAGCACAACUUUCAAUAGCUCCACGAAUUGUUGAUGAAUCUAGGAAACAAGAACCACCAUCCUUUAUGAAGAAAAUUGGUGAUUGUGAAGUUUAUGAUGGAAUGACAGCUAAAUUUACUGCAUGUGCUACUGGAUGGCCAGAACCUGAGUAUGAGUGGUUUUUAGAUACUAAUAGAUUAUAUGAAACUGAAAGGAUUAGAAUGGAAAAAGAAGGUUCUGGUUUGCUGCGAUUAAAAAUAUUACAUGCCGAUUCAAUUAUUGAUUCUGGUCGAUACAAAUUACGAAUCUAUAACCCCCAUGGAGAAGCCUAUUGUGAAGCAAGCAUUAUAUUUGAUAAUGGUUUGGAUUCGCGUUCAAAACGCCCGGUCGGUGAACUUUACAAAGACUUUGACCGAUAUCGUGCAACUGGAGCACCGCUACCAUUACCUGAUCCUCCUUCAAUUACUCGAAUGUCUGAUAAAAGACUUACUCUUACAUGGAAACCUUCUUUACCAAUCACGCCAAGGACUCCAGUAACAUAUUUAGUAGAAAUGGAAGAACAGCCAAAAGGUGAAUGGACAACAGUGAGAGCCGGUAUUCGAGGUUGUGCUUGCGAUAUACAUAAUUUAAUACCAUUUAGAGAUUAUAAGUUCCGAGUUAGAGUUGAAAAUAACUAUGGAAUUAGUGAUCCUUCGCCAUUUGUCCUGACAUACAGAGAAAAGUUAGAGCCAGAUCCACCUAAAUUUACUCCUUAUCUACAAAUAGGAACUAACUUUAAGCCAGAAUCAUCGCCUUAUUUCCCGAAAGAUUUCGAUAUUGAAAGACCUCCUCAUGACAACUACGCACAAGCGCCGAGGUUUUUACAUCAAGAACAUGAUACGCAAUAUGGUGUUAAAGGUCAUAAUGCAAAUUUAUAUUGGUUUGUUUAUGGAUAUCCAAAACCAAAAAUGCAAUAUUAUUUUGAUAAUCAGUUAAUAGAAAUGGGUGGUCGUUAUGAUUCAAGCUAUACCCGAAAUGGCCAAGCUACACUAUUUAUUAAUAAGAUGUUGGAUCGCGAUAUAGGAACAUAUGAAGCGGUUGCAACAAAUGAACAUGGAACAGCUAGACAAAGAGUUAGAUUACAAAUUGCUGAGUACCCUAAAUUCAUAAAACGACCCGAAGAAAUGUAUGUAAUUUUACGUAAAAACUGUAAAUUAGAAGCUAGAGUUAUUGGUGUUCCGUAUCCAGAAAUAAAAUGGUUUAAAGAUUGGAAACCUUUGGUCGAUUCUGCUAGAAUUCAAAUUGAACAAGUAGAACCAAAUGUUUGUAUACUCCGUAUCGAAGAUGUUAUUAUGAAAGACGAGGGGUUGUAUAGUAUAAGUGCUCGUAAUUUAGCUGGAUCAAUAUCUACAUCAGUGGCUAUACAUGUCGAGGACCGGGAAUCUGAUUAUUCAUACAACGGUAAAACUGACAUAAAAUGGAAGAAAAAAGAUUUUUCAGAAUUAUAUGAUAUUGGAGACGAGUUGGGACGCGGUACACAGGGUGUUGUGUACCACGCAGUAGAAAGAUCAACGGGUAGAAAUUACGCUGCCAAGGUUAUGCAUGCAAAAGGAGAUCAUUUGACGAAAUUAAUGGACAAUGAGCUAAAAAUAAUGACUGAUUUGAGCAAUAGACGAAUUAUUCGUAUUCAUGAUGCAUAUCAGACUUCCAGAACAUACACAUUAAUCACAGAACUUGCUGGAGGUGGUGAGCUUUUGGAUAUUCUAACCAAACAUUCUUUCCUCACAGAAUAUGAUAUAGCUUUAUAUAUAAUUCAACUACUAAAGGCUUUGAAGUACAUGCACGAUUUUGAAAUUGCCCAUUUGGGACUGACACCUGGAGAUUUACUAAUAUCUCACCCAGGAGGCGAUACAUUAAAGUUAUGUGAUUUUGGACUCAGCAGAAAAAUUAAUAGAAGAAAAUUGGAACCAGUUGAUUAUGGUAUGCCAGAGUUUAUUUCUCCUGAAAUAGCUAAAGGAGAAGGCGUUGACCUUUCAUCCGAUAUGUGGUCAGUUGGAGUGAUAACUCAUUUACUUUUAACUGGAGUAUCAUUAUUCCGUUGUGUAAAUGAUGCUGAUACUUUGAAUCGAGUAAAAAGUGGAUCUUAUACACUUAGUACCAAAAUCAGCGAUUUAGCUAGGGACUUUAUCUCAAAACUGUUAGUAUAUAACUCUAAUGAUCGUCUGGAUGUUAUAAGUGCUCUACAGCAUCCCUGGUUACAAUUUGGUGAAGAUAUACCCGCAGGAACUAGUCAAAUAAACACAGAUUCUCUUCGAAAUUAUUACAACAACUUGAAGGAUUGGUAUAGUAACUCGUCUUGUAGAAAUUGGUAUAGACGCCGUCCAUUGUCUUCUGCAUUCACUCAUCCAUCAAAAAUGAUUUAUCCGCCUAGUUUAAAUUGCACUCCAAGUCCUACUCCAGAACCAGAAAUAAAGCCACCAAAGAAACAUGUACCAUCAUGGAAAGAUAAACUUCCAUCCAAAGAGCCAAUAGAUACAGAAAUAGGAAUAAUUAAAUCAGAAAGUCACUAUCAAUAUGGYCCCGAUACAUAUUUGUUACAAUUAAGAGACACAAAUUUCCCAGUGCGUUUAAGAGAAUACAUGAAAGUUGCCGGUAAAAGUUUAACACUUAGAGGAGGAAGUGAUUCACAUUUAGACUGGGAGGCUCCAGUUAUUCGUGAAAGAAGGAAAUUUACAGAUAUCAUGGAUGAAGAAAUUGAAGAUGAACAAAAAGCGAGAAUCAGCAAAUAUGGUGCUGACAUUUACACAUUAAGGAGACUUAAACAAGAAAUAGGCUCUAGACCAACUGCUCAUGUAGAAGCAGAAGCAAUUUUAGAAUCAAGAAUUGAUGGACAACCGCCAUUCUUUAGAGAAAAGCCUCAAAAAUUACCAGUUGAACCAGAUAAACCAGUUGAUCUUAUGUGCUUAGCUGUUGGAGUACCAAAACCAUUAGUUCAGUGGUUCAAAAAUGAUAUAGUUUUAACUGAAAGUCAUAGAAUAAAAAUGUUAGAAGAUAAUGAUGGAAGAUCUAUUCUCAGAUUAGAUCCAGCUACAGAGUUGGAUCUAGGAAUAUAUAAAGUUGUGGCCAGAAAUAAAUUUGGACAAACUACAGCAAGAGCUCGGCUCGUUUUAGCACACGAACCUGGACCUAUGGAAGCACCGAUAGUAAAAGAAUAUUCUGAUACUGAAAUUUUGUUACGAUGGGAACAUCCGAAACAUGAUGGAAAUGCUCCAAUAUUAUGCUAUCAAUUGGAAGUACGAGAAAAUGAAGGUGAAUGGGAAUUGGUGGCUAAAAAUAUUGAUCACGAAUUUUGGCUAAUGCAAAACCUUCGACCUUACACAAAUUAUGAAUUCAGAUUAGCAGCAAUGAACCAUAUUGCUUGGGGUCCAACUGGACCAUCUUCACCAAUGGUUCGAACACAUUUCCCCGAUGCGCAAAAAUUGGAAGUUCCAUCGGCGAUGUUAAAUUUACAGAUAAUAACUGAAAGUGGACGAGAAAUAAUUGGUGACGAGCCUCGCAAUAGUUUAGAUUAUUCACUUGAGUAUAAACCAAUAGAUUGGGCAGAACAGCCUCCUAUAGAAAAAUAUCGUUUUAUUUCUGAAAUAGCAAGAGGGCGAUUCUCCGUCAUACUGAAAGGAAUAAAUACAUCAAAUGAUUCAAUUGUAGUGGCGAAAUUAUUGGAGAUUACACCCGACACUGAAUCACGAGUUACACACGAAUUUAAUGUUCUUAAAUCAUUGAAACACGAACGAAUAGCAUACCUCAUUGAGGCUUUUAAGCUAGAAAAUGCACCUGUUGCUGUUUUCAUUCAAGAAAAAUUACAAGGAGCAGAUAUACUGACUUACUUAUCAACAAAAGAACAUUAUUCGGAACAAACCGUUGCUACGAUUGUCACUCAAGUAUUAGAUGGAUUGCAAUACUUACACUGGCGAGGCUAUGCCCAUUUGGAUUUGCAACCGGACAAUAUAGUGAUGGCUUCCGUGCGGACCAUACAGGUCAAACUGAUCGACUUCGGAUGCGCGCAGAAAGUCAGUAAGCUAGGAGCCGUUKUAGGAGCAAACAGCGUCUUGGAGUUCACAGCGCCGGAGAUUUUGUGCGAUGAACCUGCGUACCCAUACUCCGAUAUUUGGUCACUCGGAGUGAUCGCAUACACGUUGCUAUCUGGCAUGUCUCCGUUCAGAGGAUCUAAYGAUACGGAAACUAGGCAAAACAUCACAUUCGUCCGAUAUAGAUUUGAAUAUCUGUACAAGGACUUAUCGCAAGAAGCCACUAGAUUCUUAAUGUUAUUAUUUAAAAGAACACCAACUAAACGACCAUCAGCGGAAGAAUGCCAUGAACAUAGAUGGCUUUUACCUACAGAAUAUAUGAUUAAGAAAAGAGAAAAAACCAUGUUUAAUUCUUAUAAAUUACAGCAUUUUGCCAAAGAGUAUCAUGAAAACAGGACCAAAUUGGSAACUUCGUCUCAAAAAUUGUUGGGAGCCUUAGGAACGAGGCAAAUUGGACUUGGUCGAUCAAAUAGCGUAGUUGAUGAACUGCUUAUCUUCAAAUAAAUGUAGCAGAAACGACUUCACCAAUUUAAUAUAAAGUUAAUUUUAAAUCUGUUAUUAUAUCAGAAACAUUACAAUGUUAUUAUGUUAUAUUAUAUUAUUAUCAAUGUAAUUGUACAUGUUUUAUUGAUUAAAUUAUUGUUAAUUUAAAAUAAAUAGGCUUAGAGUUACUUAUUUCUCGARUAUCAGUGCAUGCCAUCAAUGUACAGUAUCAAUAUAUAAUUCAAACAUGUAAUAAAUACCUAAAUCAAACAUA